AUCUCAUGCUAUUUAGUUUCACUUUCUCUUAGCUAUUAGAACACAUCACUUUAAGCCACAACUGCAGUACAGUCAACAGAAAAGAGUCCCAUAGCUGCAGGUGGCACACAAGAUGAAGUACUACACAGUUGAGACUGGCAAUACUUUGGCUUCUCAUAUUCAGUUUAUGAGACGACUCAACAACACCACAAGAUGUUUUACGGAAGUCGAGUCGCCAGAGGAGAGUGAUGUCAUCAUGGCUUUCUGUCCCAUCGUCUCCCGCGCCGGGACUGAUAUUGAAGCAGCACUGCAACAGAUUCCAAUGGGUAAAGAUGUCAUUCUGGUAGUACUGCAUCACAUCUUCAACCCAGACUACACUGUACCUUAUAGCAGCAGACUAGUGACCAGAAGUGAUGUAAUACUCACAGUGGACUGUCUGUUCCAUGAGAGCCUGGGAGGACUACUGGACUGUCCUCGCAAUGAUGCAGCAGUCAGAAAUAUUAGGCAGAAGUUUGACACAGUGGACUGUCUGUUCCAUGAGAGCCAGAGAGGACUACUGGACUGUCCUCACAAAGAUACAGCAGUCAAAAAGAUUAAGCAGAAGCUUGACAUGACCAGCGUUCUAGCUUGGAUUCUAAACGGUGUCAUGUGGGCAGUGUCUUCAGGCUACAACUACGUUUUCAUUCGCAAUACACGUCCCUCUACAAGGCCUCGUUCUGGCAGUCUAUCUGAGAUUCGGAGCAAUAUAAUGUGCACAGUGUCUUCAGUCUACAGCUACCUCUGUACAUGGCUUUCAUAUGUGAAGCGGCGCUUCUGGGACAAUAAUUAGGUUCCAGUAGGUUCAAAAUCCACAUCCCUCUUCAAGACCUCGUUCCAGAAGUGAUAAAAGCAGUUCCACUUUUGUACCAACAAUGAAGACAUGCAAAUUAUUUUUAUGGAUUCCAUCUUUAAUUUUAUGGCCUACUUAAGAAAAUGUCUUUACUUUUGAUGUUAAGAGCACUUGCAGGUGUAAUGUAUAGAAAUUGGGGCCGAUAUGAAACAUUUUAAUAAAAAUGAAUGAAAAAUAAUAAAGAAGAAACAGGAUCUGUGGAAA